AUGGAUUUUGAUAAAUUUCGAAAACAUUAUGGCAUAAUCAUUGUUCUUUGCGCAUUCCUAAGUCGAAUAAUUUUCAUUGGAUUCUGUUGGAGUUAUGGUUCAAUCAUAGCUCAAUUUAAAAAGCAGCAAUCAUCCUUGUCGGAUGGAGAAUUAAGUUGGAUUGGUAGCAUUGGACAGAGCUUUGGUGGUCUUCUGGCUCCACUGAUUCUUUUUCUCGCUCGUCGAUAUGGUCAUCAAAUCGUGUUCAUAGUUUCACUGCUCAUCUGUGCUAUGUCAUUGUUUCUGUCUUCAUGCGUUCAAAAUCUUCAUUGGCUAUUGAUAACUUAUUCAUUUCCAUAUGGUUUUGCUAACGCGGCGAUUUUCAUCCUCGGAACGUUAGUCUGCGGUGUUUAUUAUCCGGUUCGGCAACAGUCGAAACAUAUUUUCGUCAUGUGUAUCAUUUCUACAGGAUUUCCCCUGGGUUAUCAUAUCAUGAGUGCAUUGAUAUUUUCAUCUAUUGAAAAACACGGAUGGCAAACGAUGAAACGACACAUUGGUUUCAUGGAAAUCAUGAUCUCGUGUAUUCUUGGUCCUCUGUUUACGAUGAAGUAUUUACCAUAUGCAGUUUCAGGAUAUCAACAACCAUCGAGUUCAGUAGUACAAAUGAACAGUCGACGAACUUAUUUUUCUAAACCAAUUGUUAUUUGGAUGAUGGGAAUAUUUUCCACAAUGUCAGCAAUCAAUAAUUUUCUUCUUCAUUUCCAUAGCUAUUUGGAAUCUCUUCAUAUCCCUGCAGCUCGUGUUGAUCUUUGGUUUCGUCUACACGGCCUAUUCGAUGCACUAUUUCGGAUUCUAAUUCCAGUUUUCGUUCGUCUCUAUCCAAUCGAUAUUAUCUACUUAUUUCCUACCUGUGUCGUUAGCGGCUUCAUCUUUCUCUUAUUAACAUUCGGUUUGCUGUACACAACCAUAUACGCUCUAGCAAUUUUACCGAUUGUUUUGUUUAGUUUUACAUCAGCGGUUACAACAUCUCUUCAAUAUACAGUCUCCAAUCAACUAUUCGAAAACGAUCAAACAGAACAAGGCUAUGUUUAUCAUGUCAUCAUCACAAGUCUCGGAUUGAUCUUAGGUCCAGUAAUUGGGGGUACAGAUUCAUUAUUCGAAAGAAAGAAAACCAAUGUACUUCUCUUUUAA